AUAUUUCGAGACAAAACAAAUGAAUCAUCGAUAUAGAAUGUUAGCUCGAAUAACUGUCUGAUACAUAUAAGUAUAAUUUCAUAAUGUUUACACUCUUAUGUUGAUGUUUUCGUGUUGGAACAAGCGAAUUAAUUAUGCACCUGGAGAGGAGUCUAACCUAGCGAGGUAAACAACGGAAAUGCACAAAUUUAUAACCUGAAAGUUUCGUUUUGUGCAAUUGCGAGCUAAUUAUUUAAAUCGGUUCGUCUCCAAUGGAUAUACAUCAAACAUUAAGGAGUUAUGUAAACGAUAAACAGGAAAUAUACGAUGUUCUGAAGGACUUCCAUUGUCAUCUGGAGGAAUUGUACAAGGAAUGCUGCGAUUCGGUGUUCGGAGCCCCCAGCAAACCCUGCGACGAUUCAUCCAUAUACAAGAUCGAUCUCAUCGUAACACAUCUGCACGAACAUUUGAACGUGGGCAAAUGGAGCGAAGUACCGGAAAACAAGAGGAAAGCCUUCUCCGCUGCGAGUUUCAUUAAAUGCUCGCUUCUCCUGCAGCAAUCAAAAGAAAACGUGAAGCAAGCCCUGGAAUGCAUUGACAAAGGUUUCCUGCUGGGCAUUCCUCUGAAAGAGAACAGCAAUCUCCUGACGCAAUGCGCCAGUUAUCUGAAUGAUGAUCUGGAGAAGUCCAACAAAAAGGAGUUGACUGAAAGUGAAGAAGUCCCAUGCAAACGGGUCAAGUAUGAGAAUGACUUCUGGAACAUAGAUGCUAAUACGAUAAGUGUAAUCAAAGUUCCCACAUUGGAGGAGUUCUACAAGAAUUACUUCUUGAAGGAGAUCCCUGUUAUAAUGCAAGGUUGCAUGUGCCAUUGGCCUGCAUGCAGCAAAUGGCUGAACCUGAAAUACUUGCUGAAGAUUGCAGGCGGUAGGACCGUUCCCAUCGAAAUAGGAUCCUCCUACUCCGAUACGAAUUUCUCGCAGAAGCUUAUGACGCUAAAAGAAUUCGUCGACGAGUACUAUUUAAAGACGUCCAAAGAUAUCGGGUAUUUGGCGCAGCACGAUCUUCUCAAUCAAGUACCGGAAUUGAAGGAAGAUAUCUGCAUACCGGAGUACUGCUGCACGAGCAGAAAUUUCGAUGACGACAAUCUUUUUGAGCCUGAAAUAAACGCGUGGUUUGGACCCGAAGGAACCGUGUCUUCCUUGCACCAAGACCCCAAAGACAACUUUUUGUGCCAAGUUUUCGGAACGAAGCAGGUGAUCCUGUUCGCGCCUACGGACAACAACUUUCUGUAUCCGCACGAGGAAACGUUCCUGAGCAACACGGCUCAGGUCGAUCCGCUGAAGCCUGACCUGGACCAAUUCCCUGACUUCGCCAAAGCGACAAUGUACAAAUGCCUUUUGAAUCCGCAGGAAAUGCUGUAUAUUCCACCAAAAUGGUGGCACCACGUCACCGCCAUCGAGAAAAGCUUUUCCGUGAACUUUUGGUGGCAAUGAUUUGAUUGAAAAAAAGAUACGCCCCCACUGUACUUAAGAUCAUAUAUCAUAAUCAAUGCAGAUAAGCUGUACAAAUUCGUAUGUAUAAAAAAGAAACGAUUAUCUAUGAAGUGUGUAUUAUAUUUCAGAUAAAUACGGUAUCAUAAGUUAGCACAUUGCGUGAUAUAUAAAUAUAAUACUUCAUUUUAAAUAUAUAAAGACUUUUGUAAACAUAUUUUCUAAGAUAAAGCAAU